AUGACAGAACCUCCCGCCAAACGUGCCCGGCGCAUCGAUAGCAGUACUAUGUGGGAGAAGAAUGACUCUCACAGUGUCCCCGCAGAGCAAGACUCCGAGCAUGGCCGUCGACCCUCACCCCCCCCCGAGACGACCGACGCGACGGCCCGCGUGAAGACCGCCCUUAUCGCUCGCAUUCACGAGAUCGUAAUGACAGAAGGCGAGAAAGGAGCUGGUCUCGAGAUCGCCGUGACCGAGACCGGAGGGAUCGAGACAGAGAUGGACGGCGACAAGUUCCGUGACCGCUCACGAUCACCCCCCCGGAAUGGCACGAAAACUCGAUCUCCACCUCCUCGAGGACCCAAAGGCGACCGCCGCCCUGAUCGCAAAGAUCCUCGGUAUCGGGACGAUGGACGAACGGCAAACGGCUUGGCUAGUGCUAGUCGUUACGCGGAGGAAAUGGAUGUGGAUUUCAAGGAAGACGCCGAUGAGGAUGAGAUGGAAGCGAUGAUGCGAAAGAGCAUGGGUUUCACCAGAUUCCGAACCACCAAAAAUACCAAGGUGCCUGGAAACAACAUCUACGGUGUGCGCAAGGAGAAGAAGAGCGAGUACCGCCAGUACAUGAACCGUACAGGCGGUUUCAACCGGCCGCUCAGUCCGUCGAGGUGA